AUGAACGACCCCGCCGCAGUCCAGCAAAAAUACGUGGCCGAGGCGCAGAAGCGCGCGCGCAAGGAAGGCGUCGCCCAGUACGAGGUGCUGUCGCAAAGCGACUCGGACCGCCUGCGCCACCUCGUCGACGACAUCUGGGCCGACCACGCCGCCCUGGAUGCCCUGCCCUCUCCCAUCGGCCCCGAUGACCGCCCCAAGUUCCUGAUCGUCGGGGCCGGCAUUGCCGGGCUAGUGAGCGCAGUCCGCCUCAUCGAGCAGGGCUUCAGCGCCGACGAGAUCAGGCUCGUCGAGACGGCGGGUGGCGUCGGUGGCACGUGGUACUGGAACCGCUACCCGGGCCUGCACUGCGAUGUCGAGAGUUACAUAUACAUGCCCCUGCUCGAGGAGCUGGGCGUGAUGCCCUCGCGCAAGUACGCCUCGGGUGUGGAGAUCCGCUCCCACCUCAACGCGAUCGCGAAGAAGUACCGUCUGGACGACAAGGUGCUUUUCCGGAGCCACGUGGACAAGCUGGAAUGGGACGACGCAGCACACCUCUGGAAGGUCGACCUCACGACGGGGAGAGGCCCCCGGGGCCAGGAGAUGACUUCUACGACGGUCAAGUCCGACUUCGUGAUCUUGACUUCCGGGCUGCUGGCUAAGCCGCAGAUACCCAAGCUCGGUGGUGUCGGGCUGGGGGGCUUCAAGGGCGACAUCUUCCACACCUCGCUGUGGAACUACGACGUCACCGGCGGCUCGUCAGAGGAGACUUUCCCGGACCUGUCGAAGCUGAAGGAUAAAAGGGUUGGCAUCAUCGGCACGGGUGCAACCGCCAUCCAGGCGGUGCCGUGUCUAGCCAAGUACGCAAAGGAGCUGUAUGUGUUCCAGAGAACCCCGAGCGGAGUGUACAGCCGCGGACAGAAAGAGACCGACCCUGCCGAGUGGAAGACUAUCACCUCGCAGCCUGGCUGGCAAGUCGCGCGGAUGGACAAUUUCGCGGGGGUAAUAACCAAAGCCAACCCGCCCGGCACGCUGGACAUGGUUGACGACGAGUGGUCCAAGCAGCCAGCGUACGCAGCCCUCGUGGGCGACGCGCAGAACGCCGCCGUCGCGCCGGAGAAGAUCCCGGACCUCAUCGCGCACUACCAAUCGCUAGACGCCGAGAACGGCGCGCGGCUGCGCAAGCGCAUCGCCGACAUCGUCGAGGACAAGGCCACGGCGGAGAAGCUGACGCCGUGGUACCCGGCCUGGUGCAAGCGGCCGACGUUCAGCGACACGUACCUGCAGACGUUCAACAGCCCCGCCGUGCACCUCGUCGACACGGACGGCAAGGGCGUCGACAGCGUGACGCCCGAGGCGCUCGCCGCUGGCGGCACGGAAUACCCGCUGGACGUCAUCGUGAUGAGCACGGGCUACCGUGCCCCGCCCCUGGACGGGGGCGACCCGGCCCUCCGCGCCGGCAUCAAGGUGCUCGGCCGGAACGGCGUGGACAUGACGGAGAAGUUCGCGGCGCAGAUGGCUACGCUGUACGGCGUGGCCACCAAAGGAUUUCCGAACCUGUUCUGGCUGGGCCCCUCGCAGGCGGGCGUUGAGGCGAAUUUUCAGCAUGCCAUUGACACGCAAUGCAGGCUGAAUGCGUACAUCAUCGCCAAGGGACACGACAAGGUGGGCGGGAAGACGACGAACGGUGUGGUCGUUGAGGUCGAGAGCACCGCCCAGGAGGCAUGGAGCAUGCGCAUCAUGCAAGGUGCGGCGCGGUUCGCGAGCCUGAUGGUCUGCACGCCGAGUUACAUCAACGCCGAGGUGGCGCCCGGCAUGGGGCCGCAGAAGAGCCAGGAGGAGAUGAUGAACGGGGCCCGCCGUGCCCCCUGGGGCGGAGGCCUUGUUACGUUCAAGCGGGAGCUGAGUCGCUGGCGCGAGGAGGGGGAUCUCAGUGGCAUUGCCGUCAGUGCUGCGUGA